AUGCUCGCCUUUUUUCUUUGCGCUGUUUGGGUGCUCUCGUUGUUCCGGGUGGUGCAGGCUCAAUCCCAAAAUCCACUUGGGUUAAAAGCCACUGGCUCAUUAGAUGCGUGGAUUGCAAAGGAAAGCCCGUAUGCCCUACAGGCACUCCUAGCCAAUAUUGGAGCAGAUGGUGCAAAGGCAAAAGGUGCAGCUGCUGGCAUUGUCAUUGCAAGCCCUAGCAAAAGUGACCCUGAUUACUUUUUUACUUGGACUCGAGAUGCUGCCUUAGUAUUCAAAGGUCUUGUGGAUGACUUUAUUUCCGGGAACACUGGUCUUCAACCGAAACUUCAUGAAUUUAUCAACUCGCAAGCUCGCCUUCAGACAGUGUCUAAUCCUUCGGGAGGGCUCUCAUCGGGUGGCCCUGGUGAACCUAAAUUUCAUGUCGACAUGUCACCGUUCAAUGGCGACUGGGGUCGACCCCAAAGAGAUGGACCUGCCUUGAGGGCAACUGCUAUGAUUUCUUAUGCGAGAUGGCUCGUUGCAAAUGGGUACUCUGAUACUGCGAAAUCGAUAGUUUGGCCUGUGGUCCAGAACGACCUUUCUUAUGUGAGCCAGUUCUGGAGCUUUUCUGGCUAUGAUCUCUGGGAGGAGAUAAACAGCGUGUCCUUUUUUACAACAGCGGUGCAGCAUCGCGCUCUUGUUGAAGGCGCUAGACUUGCACGUCAGUUAGGACUCACCUGCCCGAACUGCGAAUCCCAAGCUCCUCAGAUUCUCUGUUCUCUGCAGAAUUACUGGACGGGUUCCUAUAUCAAUUCCAAUACCGGCGGUGGUAGGUCUGGUAAAGACACUAACUCUAUUCUCGCAAGCAUUCACACAUUUGACCCUGAGGCUGCUUGUGAUGACACGACUUUCCAACCUUGUUCCGCUAAAUCACUGGCAAACCAUAAGGUGGUAACAGAUGCUUUCCGUUCUAUAUAUGCUUUGAAUUCUGGUAUCCCAGCAGGUUCAGCCGUUUCAGUCGGUCGAUAUCCUGAAGAUCUCUACUAUGGCGGUAACCCCUGGUAUCUGAGUACCUUUGCCGCAGCGGAGCAGUUGUAUGAUGCAAUUUACCAGUGGCAAAAGAUUGGUUCGAUUUCGAUUACCAAUGUGUCACUUCCUUUCUUUAGAGAUGUUUAUGGUUCUGCCAUGAUUGGAACUUAUUCGUCUUCCAGUUCAGCUUUCAAGUCGAUAAUAGAGGCUGUAAGAAAUUAUGCAGAUGGAUUCCUAGCUAUUUCGCAAAAAUACACCCCAGAGUCUGGUGCUCUGGCCGAGCAAUUCUCCCGGGACACUGGGACCCCUCUGUCAGCAGGUGAUUUGACAUGGUCAUACGCCUCGUUCCUUACGGCUAUUGCCCGACGUAGUUCAAUUGUCCCAGAUCCUUGGGGAGAGACCGAAGCUAACGGCAUCCCGAAAACUUGUCAAGCUACGUCAGCGAUCGGGCCUUACAUCACGGCAACUAAUACUAAUUGGCCGUUGAACCUCACACCUAUCAAGAGAACGGCGACGCCCACAUCUACUUCCACCGCUUCCACCACAUCAUCAUUUCCAUGCGUCACCCCUGGCUCUGUCAAUGUGACAUUCAAUCAAAUCGCUACAACUUUAUUUGGCCAGACGAUUCUCCUUGUCGGCUCCAUUCCAGAACUCGGGUCCUGGGCACCUGGAUCUGCAAUUGCCCUCUCUGCGGACCAGUAUACCGAUGCCAACCACUUGUGGUAUAAAACUAUUACAUUGAGUGCAGGCCAAAAGUUCGAAUAUAAGUAUAUUCGUAAGGAGACGGGCGGUGAUAUCGUGUGGGAGGGUGGCUCCAACCGCCUCUAUACCGUACCGCGUGGAUGUAAUAUUUAUACGGCAAGGAGGGAAGACAAUUGGCGUUCGCAAUGGGCAUUUUAUACAGAAGAGACGCAAACAUGGCAUGCUAGGAAAGAUUGA